GUUAUCGAUUACUUACGCCUACAUUGAGCGACAAUGGCUGACGGCAAGGAUGAAACACUAGCAGGUUCAAAAACAGAGGUAUUUUACAACUAUCGGGAAAGGAUUACUUGUUCACCCGAGGAAGAGGCGCAAUUAGAGAGACAGCAUUUCUGGAAUGUCAUGAACGCGUUUAAAUACUACAGAAUUCAUGUUCACGAACGAGUGAAUCGAGCCGAGCGGCAGUUCCGAUGUCUUCCAGAUCACCACCAGCAACUUUUGACAAACUUCUUGCCCAAUCUGAGCAAGAUCCGCUACUGUAUUGACCGAAACCAGGAGGUGAUGCAGGCCAUAGUGAACAACUGCCUAGAUAUGUUUGAGAACAUGGAAUAUGGACAGGAUAGUGACCCAAGGAAAGUACGGCCUUCUUCAACUUUUGACAUGGACAAGCUGAAGUCAACCAUAAAGCAGUUUGUCCGUGACUGGAGUGCAGCAGGAAAGGCUGAAAGGGACAGCUGCUACAAACCUAUUAUAGAGGAGAUUCAGAGACUAUUUCCUCCAGACCAGUGUGAUGUGUCCCAGGUAAGAGUGCUAGUGCCCGGGUCUGGUCUAGGUCGACUUGCAUGGGAAAUUGCUCAUCUGGGCUAUUCGUGCCAAGGAAACGAGUGGAGUUUCUUCAUGCUCUUCUCCUCUAAUUUUGUUCUGAAUAGGUGUGAUGAGGAGAAUGCUUUGACUCUGUAUCCCUGGAUUCACCAGUUCAGUAAUAACAAAAUGUCCUCAGACCAAACAAGACCUGUGUCCUUUCCUGAUGUCAAUCCACAGAGUCUUCCAGCAGACUCUGACUUCUCUAUGGUCGCUGGAGACUUCCAGGAAGUAUACAGUGACCCUGAAAUGUGGGACUGUGUUGCUACUUGCUUCUUCAUUGACACUGCCCACAAUGUUCUUGAUUACAUUGAAACCAUCUGGAAUAUUCUAAAACCUGGUGGUGUCUGGAUAAAUUUGGGUCCACUACUUUACCACUAUGAGAAUAUGGCUAAUGAAUUGUCCAUUGAGCUGAGCUAUGAGGACAUAAAGGCUGUCAUUUUAAAAUAUGGAUUUGUCCUAGAGUUGGAGAGAGAGUCUGUGGCCAGCACAUACACGGAGAACGAUCGCUCCAUGCUCAAAUACCUUUACGACUGUGUCUUUUUUAUUGUACGGAAACCCGCAGAACAGUUGAUGAAUGGAGAUGAGACACCUAAAGAUGGCAAGAUUGAGGAUUCUUUACAGACUCGAAACUCAACAUGAUGUUUACAAGGCUGAACUUCUGGCUGAAUUCACAGA